ACGGAAUUGGACCCGUUGUCAGUUUGUAUUUUACGUUUAAUUCUGAAGAAAUAUGACAGGGAUGGCAGAGCCCAGCCAUGGUCUGGCAAGGGUGUUGUCUAGCCAGGGAUUUGAUUCCGACAACUUUGUCAGCAAGCUGUCGCAGAGUGGAGAGGAAGAACUGCUCACAAUGAAACAGAAAGUACAGAUUUUAGCCGACGAAACUGCUCACUCGCUAAAGAAAAACGUCUACAAAAAUUACUCCCAAUUCAUAGAGACAGCCAAAGAAAUUUCAAUUUUGGAGGGCGAGAUGUACCAGCUUAGCCAUAUGUUAACAGAACAGAAGAGUCUGAUGUCCUCCAUGAUGGAGAUGUCCCUGGUCAGCGACAGAGCCAUUGUGGAGGAGCCAACCGUUAAAGAGGAGGAUGAGAACCCCGAGGAAGAAACAAGAAAGAAUCUGGCCUUCCUCCUGGAGAAAGUUGAGGGCUGUUCGAGUGUUACAGAGGUACCAGGCCGACAACUAGUACAUAAUGGUGACCUUGUUGAACUUGAUCCAGAAUCUCUUACACCAGUGCAGAAAGUUCACUGUUUUCUGCUCAAUGACAGCUUGAUGAUCGCGUCAUGGCUUCCGAACAGGCGUGGACCUGUGAGGUACAGGUUCCAGGGUCUGUAUGAACUCGACAGCCUGGCUGUGGUUAACGUCCGAGAUGCUGGCCCGAAUAAAAACGCUUUCAAGAUACUCAUGUUUCCAGACUCAAAAAUGUAUCAAGCAGACAGCUCCAAGUCAAAGAGACAGUGGUUAGACAUUUUGGAAGAAUCCAAGAAGAUGAAAGCUGCUCGAGAUAAACAGAAGAAAGAAGCCAUGUUACUGGAACAGCAGGCACAGCAGGCCAUCACUACGAUGGUGGAGGAGAAAAAUCCUUUUCUAGAGGAAGAUGACAGUGAAUCUCAGUCAGCUAUAGAGUCGGAUUAUUUGAGUGUGGAGUGGAUCCAGGAACUUCCGGAGGACCUGGACAUGUGUAUAGCACAGAGAGACUUUGAGGGAGCUGUAGAUCUAGUAGAGAGAGUGAACCAGUACUUAACAAACUGUCCCAAGGCUCCAGCCAUAAAAGAAUUUAGAUCAAGAAUUGACCACAGAAUAAAACAGCUAACAGAGGGUCUGAUGAGUGAACUGCAGGUUUCUCCAGAGCGGUCACUUCGAGGGGGGCCAAGGGCAGCGCGGCGAGCUGUGGCACAGUUAAUCAGGCUCGGAAAGUCAGCCCAGGCAUGUGACUUGUUUUUGAAAAGCAGAAGUGCCAUCAUCAAGUACAACAUACGUCAGCUGAAAUUUGAGGGGGCUACCACUCUGUACAUCCGCUGCCUCUGUGGGGUCUUCUUCCCGAGUCUGAAGGACACAGGAAGGGAAUUCCUUAAAGCUUUCCAGGAGCACUAUGGCUGUAUGUCAGCGUUUGUGGUGUGGUCACAGAGUGAACUACAGUCCUUUGUGGAUACCUUCAGACGACAAGUUUUUGGUGGAAAAUCUGACCUGACUGUUAUGUCUGAUUGUGUCUGCAUUGUAAGACAGAGCUGUAAAGAGCUGCAGAUGAUUGGGCUAGAUUUUUCCUUCUCAUUUGAAAAUAUGAUAAGCGCUGAUAUUGAAAAAGUUGUGACAGAAAACAAAGAACAAAUCAUAGAAGGAGUGAAAUUCAGAGGAAUGGAGGAUAAAUGGCGACCAAUGAACCACUUGAAUGAUAAGGACUGUAACAAGUUUGUUGAAGAAGUGGCAUCAACAGGGCUAGAUUUAAAGCCUUAUGUUUAUGAUGAUUGCUUCAUCUCGCUGACAGUAAACACAGUAAACUUUUGUAAGGCCUGUCUGACUCUGUCCAGAGAUCUGUUGACCAUGCACUCGUCAGACCAUGACUGUCUUAUUACCUCGGCAGUGACAGAAAUAUUCCAGGAACAACUUAACCAUAUAAAGACAUCCUUGCGGUCACCAGACUUUAACAGAGAGCAUGACUUCAUAAUGAAAAAUGCACAAUUCAUAGUGGACGUCUUGCUUAAAAAGAUCGAGAGUCAUUACAAGACUAAGGGAGUGACGUUUCCAAAGGACAUCGAGAUGAUAUCCGUGGAAUUCAGGAAAGUUAAAUGAAGUGGUGACAUCCAAAACUAUUCGUUUUCCAUGCUUACUGCAUUACCUUCCGCUGAUUGUAAAGAUACUGUGUAUCAAAUUUGUUGAUUGAAAGAUGUGUGUAGUACAACCUAUGAUUAUCCUUUCUGUGCAAUACUGUUAAAUGUUACAAAAUAAAACAAAGGUCGCAGA